AAGCGUCGAACAGCACCACAGAAGAAGAAGCAACAGAGUGAAAAUAGGAGUAACGGCCUGGCGCAGUUAGUCGCUCGGUGGUGGAGGGAAUCUGGUCUCACCGCGAAGUAAUGGUUAACUCUAACGGACUUUGGAUGCUGCCGUCCAAAACCUACACGCCGGUGUACGAGGUCGGUGUUUUGAACGCGGUUGCCAGGUAGAGGACAGGUGCAACUGCUCCGUGCCGCCGUGUUUUUAUUUCGGUUAGAGGAAUGCAGCGGCCGCCGAGCUACACUUCUCCUUAGAGCCCAGUUGAUGGACAUGAACUCCGUAUUUACGCAGACAGCAGAGUUGUGUGUAUUUUAAACUAACUUUCAUUUAAAGUCAUGGCGAACGACUUGGUGAAGGUGUUUGUGCAGAUGUGCAAUUAUCUCCAGGAGCCCCGUCAUGUAGCGAGGUUUCAAAAUUUCUGCGGCGUUAAAGGGACAUUUCCGGACAAACCGGCCAAGCGGGAGAGCGGACGAUCGGAGCCGGACUGUCCCGGGCUGAGGAAGAGGGUCCAGAGCUCAGAUGUUAGUGUUGGGAACGGAGCAGCCGCGGAUGGCAGCGGACCGCAGGUUAACGGGAUGCAGGGUGACAUUACCGUCAGGCCCGACGGUUCAGCAGCAGCAGCAGCAGCUAAUGUGGACUCAGACACCGCCAGAGCAAAACCGCUCCGGAAAAACUCCCUGACCGGAGAUGUAGGUCAGGAGUUCCUGAUCCACAACAAGUUUCUCUUCUACCUGUUCACGUUUGGGACUGAGCUGGGUAACGAGAUGUUCUUCAUCGUCUUCUUCCCCUUCCUCUUCUGGAACAUCGACGCCCUGGUCAGCCGGAGGCUCAUCGUGGUCUGGGCCUGGAACCUGUUCGUGGGGCAGUCCACCAAGGAUAUGGUCCGCUGGUCCCGGCCGGCCUCCCCGCCAGUGGUUAAGGUGGAGGUCUUCUACAACUCCGAGUACAGCAUGCCGUCCACACACGCCAUGACAGGGACGGCCAUACCUUUCUGUCUCUUCAUGCUGACCUACGGGCGGUGGCAGUACCCCUUCCUCUUUGGCUUUUCUGUGGCUCUCAGCUGGAGUGUCCUGGUCUGUGUGAGCAGAGUCUACAUGGGGAUGCACUCUAUUCUGGAGGUAAUCACUGGCUUCCUGUACAGCCUCCUUGUUCUUGCCUUCUUCCAGCCAAUUUUGGAGAUGAUUGACACCUUCUACAUGAUGGACCACUAUGCUCCGCUUGUGAUUGUCGUCUCACAUGUGAGCUUUGGACUUGUGGCUUUCUCCCUGGAUUCCUGGAGCACCUCUCGGGGCGAUACAGCUCAGGCCCUGGGCACCGGGGCAGGAGCUGCUUUGGCUUCCCAUGUGAACUAUCAGCUGGGCCUGCUGCUGGAUCCGCCGCUGUCCUCACUUCCUCUAACUUUACCCUCAAUCAGCACUAGCUUGGUGAUUCGCUCCCUGCUUCGCUUCCUCAUCGGUGUCGCUGUCCUCCUUGUCACGAGAAUGGUUAUGAAAGCAGUGACUAUUCCCUUCUUAUGUCGACUGUUUGGGCUGCCCUCGGAUGAUGUACGACAGGCGAGGCAGCACAUGAAAGUAGAGUUGCCGUACCGUUACAUCGUCUACAGUGUUGUGGGUUUUAGUUGUGUCUCUGUGGUGCCUCUCCUCUUUAGGAUCUUAAACCUUGCCUGAGUGUUGUGUUCAAACUGUCAUUGUACUGCUGAAAUGUUAACCUACAUGAUGAAGGCAAACAGCACUCAAACACUCUUUCUGCACGGCAGACUCAGAGGAUUAAUCUGAUUAUAUUCUAUAUUUGUCUUUUUUCUUUCUGUCAACAAAUUCUAUGCAAAGACCAAAAUGAACAAUGAAUUCAACCUACUAACAAGUAUUGUCUAUGCAGCCAAAGUCUAACACGGCAGAUCGACUAACACAUUGUUGGUUUUGGCCUUUUCAUGGGCUUUGUUAACAGAAUUAAAAAUAUAGAAUAUAGAGCAUCACCUGCCUCAUCCUUGAAUCCUCCUCUGUGGUCGACACAGUCAAGUGUUAAGCUGGAAUUUUGCAAAUAAAAAAAAAAUCUACCAGA